CCAAAGAGGCAUAGUCGCCAAAACUUCUCGAUCGCAACCACCGAACCCGCUUCCCAAGUUUUGGAACUCGCAAGCACCGUUGAAUCCCAUGAAGCCGCCACAGCUCGGUCUACUGGUGAUUUCAAACAUUUAUAUAUGAAGUUCUUAUCAAAGGUGGUAUUCUGUUAUUCCUCACCAACAAACUCACAACGUAGGGUUAUAAUGCUAGCUUCCACCUUCAUUUAAUUUCCACUUAAGACCCAUAACCCCCCACCUCAGUUCAUACGUGCAUGCUUACAAUAUUGGCGUACCACACCUCCUACUUCUGUAUAUACAUACUGUAGGUCUGCCUUUUUGAUCUUCACUUAACCUUCAAUUCUCUAUAACCAACUACAUAGCACUGGACCCAUUCAUUGACACAUCCCACCAUUUCGAAUAGCUCUUCUCCCAGCUAGACCCCACCUUAUUUAUAAUCACAACCCAUGCAUGCAUCGAUUUACAGAAUCUCAUUCUUGCAAGACUGAUUAUGAGCCUUAAUGUUAACCAAGCUUCAGCGCCCAAUACGUCAAUUAUAUCCUCCAAACAGGACUCCUAAAACUCAUUCCAUCUCCUUCCCAGGUACCAAAUUCCCCUAUAGCUCUAACAUAUCAAUAUCACGAGUAACAAAAUCAUUAAUACCUCAAUCAUAUCUUACUCCAGUAGCCCUUCGUUGUCGUUGGACCAGGCCGUAGAUAUAACGAGGUCAGGGAGCACCCAUGCUCCAUUCCGAUCCCAUCCGGUGUAGUUAUUUAUAGUAAUUAUAAGGGUAUUUUAGGAACUAAAUAUAUGUCUAAGUUCGGGUGUUACCGUUGGAGACAAAAAAAAAAAAAAAGGGGCUAAGCGUCAAAGUUGAUGUGUGCUAAUUGUAGACAAAAAAGAUAUGAUGCAAAUGCACUUAAAUAGAGCGCUUGUGCGUUGCAUGAUUCCGGAUUAGGACAGGGUUAGUAACUAAAUUUGAACCUUUGAAUUAAGUGAACUCUGAAAUUUCAUAUUUAAAGGCUGUAAAUUAAAGAUAUUUUAUUUCUCUAUUUUUCUUAAUCGGCUCUUAUUUUCUUUGUUCUAACUCGAAUUACAAUUUUCUUUUUUCACAUAUUAAACGAUUCGUUGUGAUCUUCAAAAUGAUAUCAAUUUUCAAAUUUUUUGAGAAAUUUUUUUCUCGUUACCAACUUCAUAUCAUAUGGUAUCUCCUUCAUUUUUUAAGUCGUUUUUGAAAAUAUUUGCACAGAAGAAAUUAUUCCAUCUAUAUCUAUUAGAUCUACAAAUUUCUAGGUGAAAAAAAUACAAAACCAAAUAAUAUCAUACUAUACCACCUUGGUAUGGGAGUGGUAACUUGUGGUACACAAUGAUUAAAGUCGUAAAUGAAGUAAUAUACUCUUAUGAUCAUGUAUUCAACCAUCCUACAGUCUUGGUUAGGGUUGGCCGUUCGGUUAGCGGUUACCGGUUAACCGACCGGUUAAACCGAUAACCGCUGGUUACCGGUUAACUGGCUAACCGAAAAAUGGAGCGUCGGGCGGUUGGCGGUAGCAGGUCUGACUCUGCCAGUUAACCGGCUAACCGACGGUGAUAACCGCUGGUUAACCGGCUAACCGGCAAUUGAAAACGACGCCGCCCUCAGCCCUCACUCUCCUAACCCUAAUCGAAGGGCCUCCUCUGCAAUCGACCUUGACUCACUCUCUUCUCUGCCAAUUUGCAUCACGAAAAGAAGACGGAGACGUCGCCGCUCCCUUCUCCCUCCGAUCCUGAUGGGCGACGCCGACGCCGCUCUACGUCGUCGCCAGCCACUCCUCUGCUGUCGAGAGCUCCGCCGGCGCCGCUUCACUCCUUUGCUCGCGGCCAGCAACCGCCAUCCAACUCGCAGUCGCAGCCAGCAACCUCCAUCCAACCCGCCGGCGCCGCGCCACUCCUUUGCUUGCCGCCAGCCAACCUGCCUCCUAUGUGGCCUGUGCGAGGGCGACCCGGGUGUCGAGAGCUCCGUCGGCGCCGUGCCACUCCUCUACUCGCAGCCUGCACCCCGCCAUUGACCAGUUUUCGUUGCAUGCCGCGGUUACUUCGGUUAACCGAGCAACUAACCGGUAACCAACCAGUCGGUUGCCGGCUAACCGAAGCUUUUCUUCCGGCAGUUGGCGGUAGUCAUGUCUCCUAUUUCGGUUAACCGGUAACUGACAUUUCAGUUAUCGGUUAUAAUCGAACUAACCGAAAUGCCAGCCCUAGUCUUGGUAUGUUCAUACCAUCAAGGUACGCUUUCAUACCUUACGUUAUGUUUUUAUUUAAUACCAAUCAAUACCAUAUGGAAUAGAGUGGUAAAAAAUGA